AUGGAAGAUAAUCGUCCAAGAGAACUGCAACUACUAGUGCAGUCCUCAGCCUCUCUUCCUUCUGAAUCGCCAAAGUCCAUGGUAGGAUUUGAUCUUACUACCCAUUCUCUGCCUGACCUUAAUCUAUCAAUGAGUGUUAGGACACCAUGGACAUCUGUGAAAGAGGAACCAAACAGCUAUGCCAAAAAAUUACAAUUAUUAAGGCAGCAUACUGCUGAGCAGAUCCGACUUGCAGCUGUUGAGAAGGCUUAUAUUGAGAGAACAAGGGAGCUAACAAGGAGGGAGCUGGACUUAGCAAAGAAAGAGUUUGCACGAGCCAAGCUAGUAUGGGAGCAAGCAAAAGCAGAGGUGGAGAAAGCAGAGAGGCUAAAGGAGAUAGCAACCAGAAGGGUCAGCUCUACUUGCAUGGAGAUCACUUGCCACAAUUGUCAUCAAUCAUUCCAAGCAUAG